CAAAAGUGGACCAACACGUUCCCUCCCAUCGAGUAACUGCUUGAUUUUAUAGUGGUUAUUACCUACAUUGUUUACUUGAAAUACUUAUCCACUAGUGGAAAGCAAAAGUGGUUAUGGCGGCUCCGUUGAAAGUAUGUAUUGUUGGUUCAGGAAACUGGGGCUCUGCAAUUGCAAGAAUUGUUGGAACCAAUGCACAGAAACUCCAGCACUUUGCCACCACAGUCAAGAUGUGGGUUUAUGAAGAAAUAGUCAAUGACAAAAAGCUGUCUGAGAUCAUCAACACAGAACACGAGAAUGUCAAGUACCUCCCAGGCUACAAACUCCCAAAGAAUGUGGUUGCAGUGCCACAGCUUCGGGAUGCUGCAGAGGGUGCCGACCUCUUGGUUUUCGUGGUGCCUCACCAGUUUAUCCGGAAACUGUGCGAUGAGAUGGUGGGCUGUGUUUCGGAGAAGGCUCGUGGAAUUACUUUAAUCAAAGGUAUUGAUGAAGGACCAGAAGGAUUGAAGCUCAUCUCUGAUAUCAUUCGGGAAAAAAUGGGCAUCGAUGUCAGCGUCCUAAUGGGGGCCAACAUUGCCAAUGAAGUAGCAGCAGAGAAGUUCUGUGAGAGCACCAUUGGCAGCAAGGUGUUGGAGAACGGGCUCUUGUUUAAAGAGCUCUUGCAGACACCUAAUUUCAGAAUCACUGUGGUGGAUGAUGCUGACACAGUAGAGCUCUGUGGAGCCCUCAAGAACAUUGUUGCAGUGGGCGCAGGCUUCUGUGAUGGUCUGCAGUGUGGAGACAACACCAAAGCAGCUGUCAUUCGGCUGGGAUUGAUGGAGAUGAUCACCUUCGCUAAACUCUUCAGCAAAGACGAUUCUGUGUCUUCCGCCACAUUCCUCGAGAGCUGCGGCGUGGCUGACCUCAUCACCACCUGCUACGGAGGACGAAACCGGCGCGUGGCAGCGGCUUUUGCCAAGACAGGGAAGAGCAUUGAGGAACUGGAGAAGGAGAUGUUAAAUGGACAAAAGCUUCAGGGACCAUUGACUUCCGCUGAGGUCUAUCAUAUCCUCAAACAGAAGGGCCUAGUCGAUAAGUUCCCCCUGUUCGCGGCUGUUUAUCAGAUCUGUUUCGAGGGCAAGCCAGUUCAGGACAUGAUCAGCUGCCUGCAGAGCCAUCCAGAGCACCUGUGAGAGUCCCACAUUGUCCUCCUUCUCCAACACCAUCCCCUAUGGUCUGUUAGAUUGUCCUACCUCUAACAUUUCUGAUUUUCUUAAUCUUUUUUUUUUUUUUUACUUUGUAUACUCAAUGUUAUUUUUUUAAACUUCUUUUUUUUUGGUCCCAGGUCCAGUUCUACACUAAUGGUUAGACUUGAACUCAGGGGUUUUGUUUCUGACCUAGCAAGUUUUGUUGUUAUUAAACAUGAUAAUUUACUCAGAGUUUUUAUAGAAAAGCCAUUGUCUAGUCUGUGUGAACAUUAUGGCAUUUUUAACUGUUUACUCUCUGUCUGACUGCCCUCUCUUGUGGAAGGUCCACAAUAUCACCUCACUGACAGAUGAGAUCAAAUGCCUCUUUAUAAAUUAAUGACUACAGAGGUCUCUACACAUCCAUAUUGAGAGGAACACGACACAACUAGAAUGCCUCUGUUACAAUCUUUACUAUAUUCAGCAUAAUACCAGUUUUUGAUACUUUCACACAUCGUUCUACACAGGCAUAAGCUAAGUUUAAAAUGACUUAUACGCUUUCAUUAUUUCAAUUCAAAUUGCUUAGUUUCUUAUUAAUAAAUAAUGAAACUGCCAUUCACAAUGAACAUUUUGGUGCACGUUAGAUGAAGUAAAACUAGAUUUCUGUGAAGAUGCAAAAAUGCCUUUUAACUCCUCACUGGUCAGGAACAUUUCUCACAGGUCAAUGAAUACUUGAAUGGACUCGCUUUGGUUUUGAGGUUGUUUUUGUUUUAAAGGACAAUGUAUUCUAUUAAAACGGGCUCAAAUCUGUCAUUUCAAUUUCCCAGCAACCCCCUUUUAAAACUAAGUGCUUACAAGACAGUGGGAAAAUGAAAACUUGUUACAAAAUGACAUAGUUGGCUGUACGUUUAAUCAUGUUAUAUUAAAAACAAUACAAUGUCACAUAUCUAAGCUUCAGCAUUGCAUUGAAAUCAUCUUUGAAAGAAACCCCCAAUCAUCUGCCCUAUGUUGUAACUAUUUUAGCAUCCUGAAAAGCCGAUGUUCCUGUUUUGAUCAUUUACAUUUUUAAUGAAGAUUGGCAUUAAAAUACUAAUGCAAUCUUCAGUUGUACUAGGAAAAGAAUUAAGGAAUGAUUUAGUAAGAUCUGUAGUGUUCACAUACGGGAGCAGCUAGUGUUUGGAUCCAUAAUGGCCUUCUUUUUUAAGCACUAUACUGUGUUUAUAGAUGUGACAUAGUGUUGUUUUUAUUCUUUUUUGGUGUUUAUGUAAGACUUAAAUUCAUACUACAAGUAUUCAGCUGUGGAAAUGUUGCAGUGUAGAGUCUAACACUCCACUGGAUUAACUAUAUAUGCAUCCAUGUUGAUAAACCCGUCCUGUUUUUUUUUUUUUUUCUCCUCUGAGAAUGUGAUCAUAUUUGCACGUUGUAUGUGUCAUCAAGUCUGAAACAAAGGCUGCUUUGGAAAAUAACCAAUAAAAUAAUCUCUGUGCUAAAUGUUUGUUCCAUUAAUGUAUUCAUAUUGAAUUAAAUAUGAAGCAACUCUGUAACUGCAACAUUUUAAAAUCUUAAUGUAGUAGAUGUAGUGCACAAGUAAUGCAGAUGAACUGAACCCUCCAAAUGUAUUAAUACGUGCCAUUAAUGUUGGUUGUAUUUAGUCCUUCUUGAAGUGUAAUUUUACUCAACCUGAUAAUGCUGAUAAAUUACCCUAUUUAGAUUUUUUUUUAAUGACAUUCCUUCAUGAAUAAAACACAUGACUUUCUAUGAAACACUCAAGAACCUGUCUGAAAUAAACUUCUAUGUUCCGUA